UCUCCAAGUCAUUGCUAUAAUUACAACUGAAGUGUUUACAAAGUUUGGUUUCUCUUUUUCGUUUAGUGAAUAAAUUAGUUAAUUUGUUAAAAAAAAUCCAUUGCAGUUUGAAGAAGCAGCAGCUAGAAGAAGUGACCAAGAAGUGUUCGCUUGAAUUCGAUUUUUUUGCACUUUCAUCAAUCGCCUUGCUACUUGGAGCUGGAAUCAGGAUCCUCGUGGUUGGAAAGCUCGUCGGGAUCAAGAAAUACACCCCAGAAGCGUGUGAGAAGCAACUAGAAACCAAGAAGAACCAAGAAGCUUUUGUCUUUAUCCACUAAAAUUAAGAAGAUGUGCAACAUAAUGGGAAUGCCGACACACGCCUCUCCCCAGAAGUCAGUUGAUUCUGACAAUGAGAAUGAGCCGCAGCCUCGGCAGGUGGAGCACGAAGAAGGCAAGGAGGAGACUAAGUUAAAGGAGCAGUUGGAGCACGAAGAGGACAUGAAGGAGCCUCAGUUGAAGGACAAGAAUAGGGAGAAGGAAGUGGAGACGGAUAAGGAGGUGGCUAAUUACAAGGAGAAGAAUCUGGAAGGGAACAAGAAGGAGAAGAAAGACAAGGACAUGAACGAAGAGAAGGAAAAGAAUGAUCAACCCAAGAAGGCCUCAAAUGGGGAGGCAAUGGCCGGCGAGGAGCGUAGGAAACGCCACAAGGAGCUGCUUAAGCAACUGUACUCGAUCGAGGAUGCCAUUGAGAAGAAGCGCUCUAAAAAGAAUUAAGGUCAUCAUCUAAAUACUUAAAUAUUUAAAAUAUUUUAAUAUUUAAAACUAAACUUCACUUCAUUUGAAUGGCUUACUUAUAAUAAAACUUAUA